GGGCAUAACUUAUAAAUGACAUACAAAAAUAAAUCGUUCUUGUUGAGUUACCUGCCCCUUCAUGACUGCUGCUGAUGCUUGUGUUGUUGCUUCGCUCAUUCACAGACACACAUGUCAUAUACCUAUUCAUCCACACACUCACUCACACACACACACACAGAGACUCAGAUACACAUAUGCAUCUACACACACAGAUAUGCAAGGCAUGUCACCCUACGAUCCAAGGUACUUUUGAGUCGGCUGGUUAUGCGACACUGUUAUAGGUUACAGCUGUGAACUCAUUUUAUUUUUCCAGAUCUUCUCAGUCACAGAAUUAUUUCCUUUCUUCUAAUUUCAGGAAAUCCAAUUUCAUGAAGAUUUUACCAAAUCUCGUAUUGUAAUACAAAUUCUAGACAUGGAGCAGAAAAUAGACUGGCAGGCUACGGCUACAGUUUUAUUCUGGAUUAUUCUUCAACUAAUUUCAUUCCAAUUAAUGUUUCCAAUUUCCAUGACUUUUGCAUUCGCCAAAAACAGUCCAGUAUUUUUUGGACUCUGCUUCAUACCUGCUCUAAUAGAAAUAAUAAUAUUACUGACUAUUAUCAAAAUGGAAAUUCCAAAACAAAGCAAGGCUGUUCUUGAAGGUGCCAUCAUUGGAUAUUUUUCCCAUUUCUUUGCAACGUUCUUUGAGAAUUAUUUAAAUGCAUUUCCUUUACAUAAGAAAUCUAAUGUAGUGUUAAUAUUUAUUUCACUGCAGCCUUUCCUCUCUUUAAUAUUGAACAAACUUUUCCUCGGAAUUUUAUUGCCAGCUGUACAAAUCGUGGCGGUGUUGAUAUUAACCAUCGGAGCUCUCGGCAUCUUAUUCAUCACUGGAUCUACUACACACCUGAAUCAGAUGGAUGUUACCAUGGGGCUGGCAGUGGUCGUACUUUUUAUCUGCCGUAACAUUGCUAUGAAACACAUUUAUCUAGAAAACAUAAAUUUACACACUCGCUGCAACACCAAAAUCAUAUCAUUCCUCGUCAUAUCAUUUCUUUUAGUGGGCAUUAUCGGAUCAGCUUACAAUCCUAGUAUGAAGCUUGAUUUCUUUAAGACCCUGCUAGCCACUUCUGUACAUACUGUGUUUACGAUUCUAAUGCUGACAAAUUUUCUUAAGAAAUACACCACUGUCAUGGUGGCUAUCUUUUCUAUGUUGUCUCAAUUCCUCUGCCAAAAUGAAGUCAAGGAUAUUCUACUAUUAUUCCGAAAUGUCAAGUUGUUCCUCUUGGUGUCACUAUGUGUUUGCAGUGUGGUUAUUUACAUCAUGUCAACUUAUAAAUUUACAGAACAGAGUGAAUUUACAGUUCGACCAAAUGAUCGGUACACACGCUUGGAAUUCACAGUGUUUAUAGUGAUUAUACUUGCUCUGUUUUUCUACUUUCUUCCACUGAAAGUCAGUUCUCGUGACAUAAAGAACUUCAAACACUUUGGAUUCAAUUCAGUUUUGCGAAUAUUUUAAACACCUCCACUCCAGUGAAAAAAAGAAGGGAAAAAAAUGGGAAAUUGGACUACAUUACAUUAAGGUGUUACUGAGGGAAAAAAAAAAACUAUGGCAAUAACGAUGAUGUUGAUGAUGAUGAUGAUGAUGAUGAUGAUGAUGAUGAUGAUGAUAUAUUAAUACUUUCUAAAUUUUGGCUCAAGGUCAGCUGUUUGAUGGGAGGAAGCAAGUCAAUUACAUCAAUACCAAUACAUUACUGGUACUUUAUUUCAUAGGCUGCCUGAAAGGGGUUGAUAAAAUAAAAUACCAGUAAAAUUGACUCCUCCUACUCAUCAUCAUCAUCAUCAUCAUCAUCUCUAAUAUUGGAACAAGGCCAGAAAUUUGGGAUGAGGAUUUAGCCAGUUAUAAUGCACUCCCAGCCCCAAGCACAUCACUGGUACUUCAUUUUAUUAAGUCCAGAAAAAUGAAAAAAAAACAGCAUUAAGCCCAGUUGUGUUUGAUCUCAGAUUCUGUUUUUAUAUCCCGUAACUUAGUGGAUUGACAAAUAAAGAUGAAGAAAAAAUAAGUACCUGUGUGAAGUACUGGGGAUGGUACCAUCAGCUAAAAUGUCUAAAGGUGAAACUCCAGUUUGGCCACAGUUCAUUGAGGGGGAAAAAGUACAAAAAUAGCUUGGUAUAUUUAUGUGUAUAUAUCUAAAGUGUGUAUAAGUGCAUAUAGGUGUGUGUAACAAAAUAUUUAUAUGAAUGUAUAUGUAUAUAUAUAUACAGAUGUAUGUAUAUAUAAAUGUAUCUGUAUAUAUGUAUACACAGAGGUCUGUAUAUAGCAAAACAUUUGUGUGUGUGUAUGUGUGUGAGAAGAUAUCUAUCUAUCUAUCUAUCUAUCUAUCAAUCUAUCUACAUGUCUGUCUGUCUGUCUGUCUGUAUGUAUGUAUGUAUGUAGGGAUGGGUGUGUGGUAAGUAGCUUGCUUACCAACCACAUGGUUCCAGGCUCAGCCCCACUAUGUGGCAUCUUGAGUAAGUGUCUUCUACAAUAGCUUCGGGCUGACCAAUGCCUUGAGAGUGGAUUUGUUAGAUGGAAACUGAAAGAAGCCCGUUGUAUAUAUGUACAUAUAUGGGGGGGGGGGCAACUUAACAUUUCUGUAAAAGAGGCAUAUAGACUAAGUACCAGAUUUUUAAAAAACAAGUCCUGGUGUCAAUUUGUUCAACUAAACACUUUUUCAAGGUGGUACUCCAGCAUGGCUGCUGUCCAAUGAUUGAAACAAGUAAAAUAAAAAAAUGAAAGAUAAAUGAUAUAUAUAAUAUAUACAUCCAUUUUAUACUCAUGUACAUGUGUGUGUAUGAGAAUAAUAUAUACAUUACAGAGAAUGCCUUUUCAAAAUCAUUGUUAUUUAUUCAUCUGGGCCAACAUAAAUUUAGGUUAAUACUCUGUAGAUAGUGCAGUUCACCUGGGUGUCUAUUUGUCUGUGUGAGUGUAUUUGUGUGUGUGUAUUGGUGUGUGUGUGUGUUCUUUGCUUCACGUUUGUUUCCAUCCUUAUUUACCUGUCUAUUCAUUAGAUUAAUAUUCUUAAUAAUGGAGAGGGGAGAAAAAAAAAGAAAAAAAGCAGACAUCGACAUUGGCUUGUAAUGUCCUCAUUUUCUCCUCUUUCUUUCACCUGAAUAUUAAUUUAAUGUCUGCAUAAAGCAUGGACAGAGAGUGGUUGAUGCUGUGGUUCAGAAGUGUGCUUGGCAAUCAUGUUGAUCUUUGGUUCAAUCUAGUGCUACUCCACUUUGGUCAAAUAUCUUUUACUACAGUGACUGUGUUCUCUUAAGUUGGUCAAUGCCAAGUGGCAAAUGAAAUUUGAUUGAUGGAAACUGUGUGGAAGCCUGCUGAAUGUGUGUGUCUAUAUGUUCUUGCUGUUUUUUAUCAUAGUUUUUCUCCUUUUUUUUUUGGUUAAAAUUUUUUUUUAUCAUUUAUUCCAAGAAUUUCUUCUCAUAUUUAAUUUUAUUAUUUAUUUCCCAUAAUUUCACUCUGGCUCAUUUUCCAGUUGUGUCUUUGACUAAUUGAUCUUCCAGAGGGUAACAUUAUGGAAUUUGGAACUCGUAUGCUGGUACCAUACAAUCUUUUGAUAUGUGGGUGUUUGAUGAUAACAUACAAUGUGUUUGUGUAAGUAUGUGCAUACAUACAUACAUAUACAUACAUACAUACAGACAGACAGAUAGACAAACUAACAGACAGAUAGAUAGAUGUAUAUAUGCAUGUAAAGCUAGCUAGAUGUAUGUAUGUAUGUAUGUAUGUAUGUAUGUAUAUAUAUAUAUAUAUCUGCAUGCACACACAAACACAGAAAUGGAGGGUCAAAAUGCAUGUCACAAAAGGAUUUUUAUAUUUUUUAUAUCUAUUUAUACAGUUUGUAUAUAUAUAUAUAUAUAUAUAUAUAUAUAUAUAUAUUUUGAAAUCAAAAAAAUUAAUAAAAAUUACUGAGGUUGAUUUAUUUCUA